AACAAGGGAGAUGGAGAUGGGUGGUGAGGGGAGAGAGAUCAGAAGAGAUGGUGCACAAGGAAGAGGGAGUAGAAGAGUUGCUGCUGCUGUAGUAACAGAGGAGAUGCCCACAGCCACGGCAGCGACACUGGUUGGUGGGGACAACGGUGAUACCAAGGAACAGGGCCCUGGAUGGAAAAAGUUUAUAGCACAUGUUGGACCCGGAUUUCUUGUGUCCCUGGCUUAUCUUGAUCCUGGGAAUUUGGAAACCGACUUGCAAGCUGGAGCUAAUCACAGAUACGAGCUCCUCUGGGUCAUCUUAAUUGGACUGGUUUUCGCGCUAAUUAUACAGUCCUUAGCAGCAAAUCUUGGAGUAACAACAGGGAAGCACCUUGCCGAGUUGUGUAAAGCUGAGUAUCCGAAGUACGUCAAGCUCUGCUUGUGGUUGCUUGCAGAGGUGGCAGUCAUUGCAGCGGACAUCCCUGAAGUGAUCGGAACAGCCUUUGCACUCAAUAUAUUGUUCCACAUCCCUGUAUGGACGGGAGUGCUUAUCACAGGAUUGAGCACUCUUGUACUUCUCGGACUACAGAGAUAUGGGGUUCGGAAACUUGAGUUUCUGAUAUCUAUGUUGGUGUUCGUCAUGGCGGCCUGCUACUUUGGAGAAAUGGGCUAUGUGAAACCCCCUGCAUCUGAGGUGUUAAAGGGAUUAUUUGUGCCCAGGCUCAACGGCAGUGGAGCCACUGCAGAUGCCAUUGCUCUCUUGGGUGCCCUUGUCAUGCCGCAUAAUUUAUUUUUGCACUCAGCUCUUGUACUCUCAAGGAAGACACCGCCGUCCUCUAAAGGAAUCAAUAAUGCCUGUCGUUACUUCCUGUUGGAGAGCGCAUUCGCAUUGCUCGUUGCGUUGCUUAUCAACAUUGCAGUCGUGUCUGUCUCCGGCGCCGUGUGUUCUGCGGAUAACCUAUCACAAGAGAAUUCGGACAGAUGCAGCGAUCUCACCCUCAACUCAGCAUCUUUUUUGCUCAAGAAUGUCUUGGGAAAAUCAAGCUCCAUAGUAUAUGCGAUCGCAUUGCUAGCUUCUGGACAAAGCUCCACCAUUACUGGUACCUAUGCUGGCCAAUACAUCAUGCAGGGAUUCUUGGACAUCAAGAUGAGGAAAUGGUUGAGAAACCUCAUGACACGGUGCAUCGCUAUCACUCCCAGUCUUAUUGUCUCUAUCAUUGGUGGCUCUUCUGGAGCUGGACGGCUCAUCAUCAUAGCAUCGAUGAUUCUCUCUUUUGAGCUGCCAUUUGCUCUAAUCCCUCUUCUCAAAUUCAGCAGCAGCCGCACAAAGAUGGGACCUCACAAGAACUCGAUCUUUAUCAUCAUCGUCUCAUGGAUCCUCGGUUUAGGUAUAAUUGGAAUCAACAUCUACUUUCUAAGCACCCAGUUUGUUGAAUGGCUCAUCCACAGUAGCCUGCCAAAGGUUGCCAAUGUUUUCAUCGGCAUCAUCGUCUUCCCUCUCAUGGCCAUAUACAUCCUCGCAGUUACCUACUUAACUUUUAGGAAGGAUGCAGCUGUGACAUUUGUUGAUACACCUGAUUCGCAACAGAUUGAGAUGGAGAAGGGAAUGCAUUGCGCCGAAGGCAACAGAGGGAAUGGAGCUGUACCAUAUAGAGAGGACCUUUCUGAUAUCCCUCUUCCUAAUUAAACCGGAGUACUUAUCUUCAAACAUAUGCCACAAAAGAAUGCAAAAAUGUCAUGUGAUACUCUAGUUGUACCAUGCAUGAUAAAUGUUACUUUAUAUAUUUGGAGGGUGAAAUGAUUUUGUCUUCAUAGACGUUCAUCCCCACCAUAUGUAUCUUCCGAAAAUGAAAAUCAGCAAUAAAAAAGAAAAUAUAAGAGGACAUGGAUUAGGACAUUAA